AUGGCUCUCGAAGUUCCCCGAGAAACGUCACCCUCCUACCGUGGGCUCAACCGCCGUGGAGGAAACGUCGUUAUCAUCGUAGCGGUCUUCUGGACGAUAGCCACAAUCUCCGUUGCACUGCGAAUAUAUGUCCGUCGGUUAAAAAGAAUCGCGUUCAUGAUCGAAGACUGGCUGGUGGUGGGGGCUUUAAUAGUCUUUUAUGGAUUUGGGAGUGGAGACAUAAUGUUGGUUGUUUUUGGGGGAAGUGGAUGGCAUGUGGAUCAGUUGAACCCAGCGCAGCUUAAGACUGCCCAGAAGGUCUUACUUGCAAAUCAAAUGCUCUAUGGUGUCGGGCUUGGAUUGAUCAAGUGUAGCAUCACUAUCAUGUUAAUCAGGAUAUUUGCCGUCUCGAAAUUCAGAAUCGUGGGAUACUUUGUCUUGGCAGCGUGCAUUGCAUGGGUCAUAAUGACAAUCUUGAUAGCUUUUCUUAUCUGUCGUCCGUUGGGCUACAAUUGGAAUCUUCAGCCUACAGCUGGACACUGCGGAAAUACAAUUUCAGCCUAUACAGCCGUUGGUAUUGCAGAUAUCAUCACAGACAUGAUGAUUCUCUUACUUCCCCAGCGGAUGCUUUGGAAACUGCAACUUCCAAUGGCAAAUAAGUUAGCUCUGGCAGCUUUGAUGUGUCUAGGUUUAUUUACUAUUGGUAUGAGUAUUGCACGUGUGGUAACAAUUCUUAAUACCGAUUUCUCAGACUUCACUUACAACCUCUACAAUUACAUCUGGCCUGUGAUAGAGUUCGGGGUUGCUAUCUUUGUUUGCUGCGGUCCUCUGUUACGGCCCCUUUUGACACCCCUUUUCGGGGCGCUGGCCUCAAUCAGAACUCGAAUGGGGUCGAAGCAAGAGUCAAGAAUCCAAAGCUCGACAAUCAAGCGAGGAGGCUACCGUGGAUUCAGUCAUUUGAAUGAAGACGGCUUGCCCCUUCAAUCUGUCGCAGAAGGAACGCACACCAACGUUGCAAGCGUCACUACUGAUGCGCGGAACGACAAAACAGGCAGUUCGGAUGAUGCUACAUCUUCUCAGAACAAGGGCAUUGUGGUCGAGACUGCCUGGGAUUGUGUAUAA